CCCGACCCUGCCGCCCGCUCCGCUGGCAGCUCGGCGCUCCGCUCCCGCCUGCGCGCUGCGCGGACGCCCGUCCCGGUGCCGGCAGGGUCCGCCGGUGACCCGCAGCCCUUUUACGAGGCUGCAGCGCGGCUCCGGAGGCAUCGAUCGGCGCUAUAAAGGGCGGCAGCCGCGGUGACAGCGGGGGCGCGGCUGGCGGAGGCUGCUCCGGGUGCCACCAUGGACUUCAACGUGAAGAAGCUGGCGUCGGACGCGGGGGUCUUCUUCUCCCGCGCCAUGCAGUUCACUGAGGAGAAGCUGGGCCAGGCUGAGAAGACUGAGCUGGAUGCCCACUUCGAAAACCUGCUGGCCAGGGCAGACUGCACCAAGAACUGGACCGAGAAGAUCCUGCGCCAGACGGAGGUCCUGCUGCAGCCCAACCCCAGUGCCAGGGUAGAAGAGUUCCUCUACGAGAAGCUGGACCGGAAGGUGCCCUCCCGAGUCACCAACGGGGAGCUGCUGGCACAGUACAUGGCAGAGGCUGCCAACGACUUCGGGCCAGGGACACCUUAUGGGAAGACCUUGAUCAAGGUUGGAGAGACCCAGAGGCUGCUGGGCGCCGCAGAGCGAGACUUCAUCCACACUGCCUCCAUCACCUUCCUCACCCCCCUGCGCAACUUCCUGGAGGGGGACUGGAGAACCAUCUCUAAGGAGCGCAGGAUCCUGCAGAACCGGCGCCUGGACCUGGACGCCUGCAAGGCUCGGCUCAGGAAGGCCAAAGCUGCCGAGGCCAAGGCCACGGCUGUGCCUGACUUUCAGCAGACCAGACCCCGCAAUUUCGUGCUCUCCGCCAGCGCCUCCGCGCUCUGGAACGACGAGGUGGAAAAGGCGGAGCAGGAGCUGCGGCUGGCGCAGACCGAGUUCGACCGGCAGGCAGAGGUGACCAGGCUGCUGCUGGAGGGCAUCAGCAGCACCCACGUGAAUCAUCUGCGCUGCCUGCAUGAGUUCGUGGAGGCCCAGAGCAGCUACUAUGCACAGUGCUACCAGAGCAUGCUGCAGCUGCAGCAGCAGCUGGGCAGCUCCAAGGGAGAGAUCUUUUCCGGCACCUUCGUCGGCAAUGCAGACUCCACCUCCCCGCUCCCGGCCACGGCCUCCCCUCCAGCGGCGGCUGCCGGCCCGCUCCCGGCCGUGCCCACCAUCCCCGUGGUGCCCACCCUGGCCGGGGUGCCCAGCACGGUGGCAGAGAGCGUCCUGAACCCCAGCGAGGUGCAGCCCCCCGCCAGCGGCACCCGCAAGGCCAGGGUGCUCUACGACUACGAGGCAGCGGACAGCAGCGAGCUGGCACUGCUGGCAGAUGAGCUGAUCACCGUCUACAGCCUGCCGGGCAUGGACCCAGACUGGCUCAUAGGGGAGAGAGGCAACCAGAAGGGGAAGGUUCCUGUCACUUACUUGGAGCUGCUCAGCUAAAGGCCUCCAAGGGGAAGGUUCCAGAAGGCUGCCCCCAGCUCCUGGCACUCCUCCUGUGGAUCUCCACCCGGGCCCAGCGCUGUCUCCAGGGCUGGCACUGCACUCCCGUGGGCACGGUGGGCAGGGAGGGGAAGGGUUUGGGGAUGGCUCCCAGGACUGAACUGGUUCCCCCCCCGUGCAGCCUGCUUUGAGUCUCAAUGGCACAAGGCUCCUUGGUUCCUUUUCUCCACUCCCCCCUGGUCCUGGCAGCAGCUUCCCCAGCCCCAGCUGUGCCCUCAGCUCCCAGGGUGUUCCCUGUCCCUCCCCUCCUCUGCAGCAGUCGAGUUGCCCAGGUUGGACCAUGCAGCAUUCCAGGGGGCAGUGCCCCCCCCAGCCCCAGCUCCUCAGGAAGCUGAGUUCCAGCACUGAGAGCCUGCAAGCUGUGGGGGAGCAGAGCACAAAGCUCCCCAGGAGCCACUGAUGGCUUCCAGCUAGGACUGGGCUCUGGAGCUGGAGGGAGCCCAGGGGCUGUUGGAAAGCAAACCUCAGUGCAAGGGACCACAGCUCCUGCUUGCACCUCCUGCCAGCAGCUGCUCUGGGCUGCUCUUUGCAGCCUUCCCACAAGCUUUGCCCCAGGUUCUUGUCCAGGCUUCCUUCUGUGUCUGUCCCAGGCAUGUCCCAGACUUUGUUUCCACCCCAGGUGAUGGAUUUGACCAAUGCCCC